GGGCCGCGCCCGCCGCCCGCGCCCCCCGCCUCUCGCGGCGCUCCCCGGGAAGGCCAGACCCGCCCCCGCCGGCUGUCAGCACGGUCCGACGCUCCCUUCCCGCCGCUGCACCGCCCUCCCGCCCGUCUCGGCACCGGGAGGCGCGGCGGGUGACACAGCGCCCUUUUAAGAGGCGGCAGUGCGGCUGGUAGGAGGGCAUCGAUCGGCGCUAUAAAGGGCGGGCGUGCGGCGGCCGCGGUGACAGCGGGGGCGCGGCGGAGGCGGCGGCAGGUCCCGGUGCCGCCAUGGAUUUCAACGUGAAGAAGCUGGCGUCGGACGCGGGGGUCUUCUUCUCCCGCGCCAUGCAGUUUACUGAAGAAAAGUUGGGCCAGGCUGAGAAGACUGAGCUAGACGCCCACUUUGAAAACCUUCUGGCCAGGGCAGACUGCACAAAGAACUGGACAGAGAAGAUCUUGCGUCAGACUGAGGUUCUGCUACAGCCAAACCCUAGUGCCAGAGUAGAAGAAUUCCUCUAUGAGAAGCUGGACCGGAAGGUGCCUUCCCGGGUCACCAACGGGGAGCUGCUGGCACAAUACAUGACAGAAGCAGCUAAUGACUUUGGGCCAGGGACACCUUAUGGGAAGACCUUGAUAAAAGUUGGAGAGACCCAAAGGCGCUUAGGUGCAGCAGAACGGGACUUCAUCCACUCUGCCUCCCUCAACUUCUUGACUCCACUGCGCAACUUCCUGGAAGGGGACUGGCGAACCAUAUCUAAAGAGCGGAGGAUCCUGCAGAACCGUCGCCUGGAUCUGGACGCCUGCAAAGCCAGGUUGAAGAAAGCCAAAGCUGCCGAGGCAAAAGCAGCGUGUGAGGGAGAUGCUGUGCCUGACUUUCAGGAGACUAGACCUCGUAAUUACGUUCUCUCCGCCAGCGCAUCAGCGCUUUGGAGCGACGAGGUGGAAAAAGCAGAGCAUGAGCUGAGGCUCACGCAGACCGAGUUCGAUCGACAGGCGGAGGUGACACGUCUCCUGCUGGAGGGGAUCAGCAGCACACACGUGAAUCAUCUUCGCUGUCUCCAUGAGUUUGUGGAGUCUCAGACCAACUACUAUGCUCAGUGUUACCAAUACAUGCUGGAGCUGCAGAAGCAACUGGGCAGCUCCAAAGGAGAGAUAUUUUCAGGCACAUUCGUAGGCAACACAGAAUCCACCUCUCCCCCUGCAGCUGCUACCUCUCCUCCAGCUGUUGGUGCUGCCACGCUCCCAGCUGUGCCUACCAUUCCAGUUGUGCCCACCAUUGUCGGGGUGCCUAAUACGGUGGCAGAGGGUGUCCUGAACCCCAACGAAGUCAAGCCCCCUGCCAGCGGGACACGGAAGGCCAGGGUCCUCUACGACUACGAAGCAGCUGACAGCACUGAGCUGGCACUCCUUGCGGAUGAGAUGAUCACUGUGUACAGCCUGCCAGGCAUGGAUCCAGACUGGCUCAUCGGGGAAAGAGGGAACCAGAAAGGGAAAGUUCCUGUCACUUACUUGGAACUGUUAAGUUAAAUGUCUCCGGGAAGAAGAAUGUACGAGCAGAAUGCACCCCUCAUCUCCUGGCACCUCUAAUGCGGAUUUCUUCAUCCGAGACCAUUGCUCUCUUCAGGGUUGACACUCCAUUGCUAAUAAGGGAAUUGUGGGAAAGAAGUGGUAAAACUGUUACAGUGAGGUUUUGGGGAAGGGCUGAUGGCACCCCAGACUGAAUUCGGUAACUCCCAGUGCAGCCUGCUUUGAGGUUACCCUCCAUGGCACCACAUCCCUCCAUUCCUUUUUUUCUGCCCUACCUUGUCUCGUUUAUGGCAGUGGCUUCCCCGGGGCCAGCCCCGUCGUCUCCCCCAGCGCUGCCCCCAAGGUUCUGUCCCACCCCCUGUGUCUGCUGUGGGUUCCUGCCUGUCUGCCCCCCGCCCUCUCUCUUCCUCAGCAGUAGAAUUGCCUGAACUCCCACCAUCAAGCAUUCCCGUGGGGCAGUGUCCCACACCAACCCUCUGACAGGGACUAGCUCUUAGGAUGAGGAGGCUGAAUUUAAGAAUGAGGAGGCUGUUAAACCCACCCCCAUUUGCUCAGCUGUUGGGGAGCAGCGAUGCAGGGCUCCCCCAGAGCCACACACGCUGCCGUGGUGCCUGGUGGCUUCAAGCUAGAACUCUCCUCUGAAGCUGGAAGGAAAUUUCUCUGUGAAAUAGGGUCUGUAUGUCAGAAAUCAAACCUCAGUGCAAGGGACCAUGCAUCUUGCUUGCAUUUCCUCUGAGAAACUGCUCUUGGACUGCGAAGAGUUUACAAGCCUUUUUACAAGCUUUGCUCCCCGUGUUAAUUGUCCGGGCUUUUCUUUCAGUGUGUCUCUUCCAGGCAUGUUUUAGCCUGACUUUAUUUUCACCCUAGAUCACGGAUUUAACGAACGCUUCCCCUCCCGUCUCCGCCGUGAACAGAGCUGGUGCAGCCCCGGGCGGUGAGGGACAGUCCCUCUCCCUGUCACCUCCAUCUUGGCCACACACACCCCCCAGACAAUCCAGGCUGCCCUUCUUGGAGGUGCUGGUUUAGCUCAAAGGGAGCACUCGGGUGUGUAGGCCUUUUAAUCCCAUAAUCAGUUUUUUGGCUAGAGCUGGCCUAGAGGACUCCCGCUGCCCUGUAACUGGUUUUCCACUGGAGCUGGAGGGAAGAGAAGCUCACCUGCACCAAGCUCUCUGUUCACAGCCUUCCCCUCGGUAUGUCACAACUACCUUUGCUUGUUUAUGGAUCUUUUGCACUUUCCCCGACGGUAUCGUGACCACUCUAAUGUAACAGGGCACCGAGCACCUGUGUUAUGUAGGGCUCAUGGUUUUCAGCACUUAAUUUGCCAAUAAACAAACUGCCUGAA